GCAGUGCAGCCGAUCUCUUUGAGGCCGCAGGGCAGCAGCUGUCGCUAAAGGAGAUCGAGGAGAGCGCAGGCUUGGUCGGUUGGUUUGACCUCCAUUGCUCGCGGGAACACGAGGACGUGGUGCUCUCAACUUCACCGUGGGCACCGCAAACUCACUGGGCACAGUGUUGGAUGCCUUUUCGACGCCCACUGAGCCAGGUGUCCGCAGAGGUGCGACUGCGGCUGGUCGCGCAGACAUCUACAGCUGGAUUGCCGGAGCUCUGCCUCGAGCUCCGCGGGAAGGAUGUGGAGCAGUCUGACUGGGCUCGCUUCUUCCUGGAUCGCGCUCAGGUAGAGUAUGGGGCAGCAUCCACACCAACGGGUCCUCGGUGCAAGAAGCCACGGCUGUCGGAAGGUGCUCCAGACAUCGAGGCGGUCUUCUUCCCUUCCGAUGUCCAGGAGCUCAUCUUGCUAGCGAAGAAGGCCCUCGGAGACGAAAUUGCCACUUAA